UUGCGUGCCGUAGGGUACUGCAUCAUAGAUAUAAUCAUUUUUAUUUGUUCUAAGCAUGCAAGGUGGUGAGCAGUGGGACGUUUCAUUUGCCUAGUUAAAUGGCUGUGGCUGUAAUCCCUUUUGAGAUCAUUUUCACACAACACCUGGGUUUGUUAUCUGUGAGGUAGCUUACAGCAACGUGAUUUGCAUGAGUGGAAACAAAAAGACACCCUGAGGUGCGCUUCCUCGAGGGACACGUGAUAAAACGGCUCAGGGACGUAAAGUUCUCAGACCUCCGAUUUCUGAAGCUCAUUUGCAUCAGUGCCUUCCACAUGUCGAACUCUUCAGUUUGUUGCGCUUUUGAGUCCCCCAUGCUGGACAAAGUCCUCCCCCCUGUCCUUUUCGUAGAGUUCAUUUUGGGCCUCUCAGGGAACAUUCUGGCCCUGUGCAUGUUUGCCUUCCACAUGGAGAGCUGGAAGCCCAACUCCAUCUACCUGGCGCACCUGGCUAUAGCCGACUCUGUGGUGCUCUUCUGCUUGCCAUUCAGAGCUGACUACUACCGCAGGCGCAAGGACUGGGUUCACGGGGACGUCUUCUGCCGCAUCCUUCUCUUCCUCCUUGCAGCCAACAGGGCUGCGGGUAUUUUCUUUCUCACGGCGGUGGCUGUGGACCGCUACUUGAAGAUUGUGCACCCGCUCAACCGUAUCAAUCGGAUGGACCUGAGGUAUGCCAUGUGUGUCUCUGCAGGCAUGUGGGGGAUGAUAAUAGCCAUGACAGCAUACCUGCUUGGUUCGCCACACUUCUACAGUUUUGGCAACCGCACACAAUGCGAGAGCUUCAACAUUUGCAUGGGCAGCAACCCACUUUCAAACUGGCACAACGCUUUCUAUGUGAUUCAGUUCUGCGUGCCCACAGUCAUCAUUGUCUUCUGCACAGCUUGCAUUACAUGGCAGCUGAAAAAUAAGACGAUGGACACCUCGGGCAAAAUCAAGAGGGCCGUGCAGUUUAUUUUCAUCGUUGCUAUGGUCUUCAUCAUCUGCUUCUUUCCAAGCACUGCCUCGCGGGUCGCUGUUUGGAUACUGAAGGUCUGGUACAGCGAUUGCUCGUACUUCAGUGAGGCAAAUCUGGCUUUUUACACCUCGGUUGUCUUCACCUAUUUCAACAGUGUCCUCAAUCCUCUGGUGUACUAUUUCUCCACUCCAGCAUUCAGUGGGACCAUACAGAGCAUUCUUCUGAAACUCAGAGGGAAGAAAGCAGACAGCAUUCUGGCUACAGUAACAAGUGAUUAAAGUAAAUGGAGAAAAGAGAAGUGUGAAAGUGUGACAAUGAAGAUCAUACACCAUUUGGUAAAUAAUGUAUAUACUAUUCCAGCUUUCACAUUUCAAAAGCUGAUAGAUUAUAUUGUGAAACACUGUUUUAUCAUUGUGGUAGUAAUGUAGAAUAAAACACAUAAUACUUUCUGCAUAUACUGUUUGUUUCAGCCUGUUUAAAAUUUAGAAACUGAAUAAUGUAUAAAAUGUAAAUGACAGUUUAACAUUAGGUAGUAAUGAAGCCUGU